GCCAGAUAGGCAGGAGGCAGGCUCGCCCGUUGGAGGACGGGACGGGAGUCGAUCUCCGAGCCCGCGAGCCGAGCUUCUGAUGCAGUCCAACGAACUGAAACUCCCUCAGCGGGAGCUUGGGCCACCUAGGGCAAAGGUCGCACCCCGCACGGACCGCAUCCAAACAAAGAGCGGCAGGCCUGGGCAAUUUGGGCCUGCGUCACCUGACUUACCCCACAGGGCUGCUUGCCCUGGAGCCCUAUGAGAUAAAAGUUCCCCCUCUCCAUUCGCAAGUUGAAACUCUUUCCCAUC